CGCUGCUGGGGCAACCGAUUGUUCUCGAUGUCCAGACGGUCUGCUAACAAUAAACACGACUUCCACUUCCAUUCUAGACUGCAACAAAUGUGAUGUCGGACAAUGCGAACACGGUGAAUGUCUCGUCGUACAAAUAGAGGCGAUGCCAAGCCCUACUUGUCGUUGUCAGUUUGGCUAUACGGGAAGUAGUUGUCAAUACCCCACUUAUUAUCUAAUCGCUUUAGGAAUAGUCGUUUUUCUUUCACUACUCGUCGUAUCCGUUUCCACAAUCCUUUACAUUCGAGUCAAGAAACGACGUCGCGAGGCAUCGCUACUACAACAAGUCGACGAGCUCAACACCGUAUGGCAGAUCGGAGAUGAUGAAAUUAAAUUAGAUGAACGCAUCGGAGGCGGCGGCUUCGGUGACGUGUUUCGGGCGCGUUACAGAGAUCUCACAGUUGCCGUCAAGACUCUCAAAUGUCCAGAAGACGAAAACGACGUCUAUGAAUUUGAGAGAGAAAUUCAGUUCAUGCAAACCAUGAGACACUCAAACAUCGUAAUGUUUCUUGGAGCAGGAAAGUUUAGUGACAAAGACACUCCCUUCAUCGUUAUCGAAUACUUGGAGGAUGGAUCGGUGCGGGAUCUGCUAGAUAAAGUCGACCAAGUUAUUACAGUACGACAGAAGCUUUGCUUCUGCGCCGACGUGGCUAAAGGAAUGAGUUUUCUUCACACGCGAAAUCCUCCGCGAAUACACAGAGAUCUGAAAUGCAGUAAUGUUCUUGUCAGUAGAAACGGUACAAUUAAAAUAGCUGAUUUUGGACUGGGACGACAGAUUACAGGUAGUCGUCAAACAAAAGUAAGAAACACAACAGACACCACACCAUUAAAUACGUCUUUUCAAAUGAGUGUUUUGGAUAUCGGCACAGUAAGAUGGAGAGCACCGGAAUUGUGCGAGCGCAAAGCAUAUUCCACUGCAGUUGACGUCUAUAGUUUUGGUAUCGUCAUGUGGGAGAUUUGGACGGGAGAGUUGCCGUUUGGUGAAUAUCGAUUCGAUUACCAAGUAGACGAUGCGGUGAGUGCAGGAGGAAGACCUCAUAUUCCUAGCGAUACUCCGACAGAUUACCGCCAAUUGAUAAUCGACUGUUGGCAACACGCUCCCUCAAAUCGUCCUACUUUCCCUGUUAUAGUUCAAAGGCUCGACCGUCUUUUUGCAUGAGCCUCUCAUCAUCGCUAAAGCUCGACAACUUAAAACAAACACAAAUUUGAAAAUAACAAUUAGCAUCUAGUUCAGCAACAUUUUGUAAUUGAUUGGUAUGCGAGAAAUGCAGCUGCACGGCAUCUUAUUAACUCCAGUAUGCGCAUGAUAGUAAGCGUGGUUAGUAGUAC